AUGUUGAACAAUCGGUUCUUCACAAGAUUGAAAAACACCGACCCUGAUUGUUUCAAGAAGUUGGUCCCCAUUUCUGGAGAUGUUCGAUUACCGAAACUUGGACUGAAACCUGAAGAUGAACAGACUCUCAUUGACAAUGUAUCAAUAGUAUACCAUGGCGCAGCAACAGUAAAGUUUACGGAACCAUUACCAAUAGCCAUGAACACCAACUUCGAAGGUACGAAGAAACUUCUUGAGCUCAGUCAACGAAUGAAGAAAAUUGAGGUAUUUGUCUACAUUUCGACAGCAUUUGCGCACACACAGAAACAAGUUUUAAUAGAAACUAUUUAUCCGCCACCAGCGAAGGUGGAAGAUGUUUACAAAUUCAUCGAGGAUUACGGAGAUGAUAAGCAAGCAACUUUGAAGUUUAUACAUGGCCAACCGAAUACUUAUACAUUUACGAAAUCUUUAUCAGAGGCUUAUUUAAGUCAGCAUCAUGGAAAUGUACCCACUGUCAUCAUCAGACCGUCUGUAGUGUGUGCAGCAAUAAAAGAACCACUCAAAGGUUGGCUAGAAAACUGGUAUGGGGGCACACCAUUGCUGAUGAAUGCUUCCGAAGGUUGGCUAAGAUUAGCUCGUGGUCACUAUAACAAUAGAAUUGACGUUAUACCGGUAGACUUCGUAACUAAUCUGAGUAUUAUUGCUGCUGCAAAGGCUAAACGAACAAAUGACGUCCAAGUUUUUAAUUCGACAACAACAGCUGACAAUCCGGUGACUUGGUCUGACUACAAUAAAUAUUUUAUCAAGGAAAUGGUUCGGCAUAGAAAAAAUGAUUUACCCUACCCUGAACUUUCAUUUAUCGAGUCUAAAACUCUGUUGGCCAUUGCAACGCUCUUCAUGCAGACAAUACCAGCUCAUGUCCUUGACCUUUGGUUGAAAUUGACUGGUAAAGAACCACGGUACGUCAAAAUAUUAGCUCAAGUAAUUCUACUAAGAGAUGCUUAUGAACACUUCACCAGUCAAAAUUGGAUCAUGAGGUCUGACAGGACGAGGGAGCUGCACUCCUCACUGUCUCCCGAAGAUCGAGAGGAGUUCCAAUGUGACCCCAUCCAGAUCAACUGGCCAGAAUACUUGAGAGACUACAGCAGAGGCGUCAUAAAAUAUUUGAAGCCUAGGAAGAUGUAUUAA